AAAUGUUAUCAUCACUACUAUUAUUAUUUUCAACAUUAUCAUCAUCACUACUAUCAUGGAAAUCAAUGUAACCAUAUCUACCGUUCCCGCCAUCAUCAGUAGUAGUGAUCAACAAACAGUUACCAUUAACUUAACUACCGUACCAUUGAUACUCCUACUGCUACUAUCAUUGCUGACUCUAGUAAUUGUUUUGUUACUAUUGUGGAAACUACCGCAACUCGUAUGGACCUACCUGUUGGCCUACUAUAUGGGUGCCGGUGUCCGCUGGCAGGGCAAUCGACCGGAUACAUGGGCCGUCAUUACUGGCGCUACCGACGGCAUUGGGUUGGCCUAUGCCAAAGCUAUGGCCCGGAAAGGCUAUAGCUUGGUAUUGAUGAGCCGAUCACUGGAUAAACUAGAGUCAGUCAAAAGUGAGAUACAUAAGCUAUACGUACAGUGCCCGCGGAUUAAGUUAAUUCAAAUAGACUUUAGCGCCGAUGAUAACGAUAAUGAGGACAACCUAUACGAUAGUAUUGGUGAAGAACUUGCCGGUAAACUACACCAGAAAAUACAUGUACUGAUCAACAAUGUCGGUAUGACCUACCGAUACCCCGAAUAUUUCACCCGAUUGGCUAAUCGGCGGGAAUUUGAACGUCAAAUAUUGAACGUAAACUGUCGAUCGAUGACCCGACUGAUCGGUCUGGUAUUGCCCGGUAUGGUUGCCAACCGAUCGGGUAUUAUAUUGAAUGUAUGCUCGUAUUCGGCCUGUUUUCCCACACCAUUGUUGGCCCUGUAUUCGGCAUCGAAAAUCUACGGCGACUACCUGUCCCGGGCAUUGAAUGCCGAAUACAGGUCACGCGGUAUAGUCAUCCAAUCGGUACUACCCUAUUAUGUGUCCACUAAUAUGAUACGCAACCCGCCCCGUAGUUUUAUGAUACCGUCGAGUGACCAGUUUGUUGAGUCGGCACUGAAAACUGUUGGCAUAGAGUCCCGUACUUUCGGUUAUCUACCGCAUACUGUGGUAGCGUUUUGUCAAAAUUUUUUAUUGAAAUUUUUGAUCGGGAAUGACAUCAAUAUGCGACUGGCCUUUCGUAAGAUGCGAUUGUUUAGGCACCAGUACUUAGCCAAACGUGAUAAGUAUGCUAAAGAUAAUGGUGUUGGUAUAGGUGCUGGUGAUGGUGAUGCUGGUCAUCAUCAUCAGCCUAAUGGUAAUGGCCUAGUAGUGGACAGUAAGGUUGGUAAUGAUGGUGGUGGUGGUGGUAUAGAUAACAGUGCCUACCUGGCCGAUAGUCAACCAACAACAACAACAAUGUACGGUACGGUUAAUACUACCGAUAAAGCUAACGGUGGCCCAAAAAGUUUGGAUCCAAUCUAUGAUACUAUGGAUAGUAUUAUCGAUAUUAGACUGUAGUUCCUGUUUCCACCCCCAACCCCCCACACCCCCCGUCAACAACAAUCAAUCAAUGUUCCUAUUAAAUAGUAAAGUUC